UAAUAUCACACAAUAUGUUUUGUAGGGGUUGCAAUUACAUGAAUCAAUAAUCAUUGUUAUCAUCACUCAAUGUAUAUUUGUCUUUUAAAAUGGCAAAAUGCAAUGUAAAAAUUACAAGUAGGCUACCAAAGACAGUACAUGACUAUAGCUACAAUGCUCUUUGGUUGAAGUUUGCAGUGGCCAUGUUCUGAGACCACAUGUAGCCUACAUGUACAUGCACUUAUGUACAAUAAAUUAACUUGAGGCAAUAACAGCUAAUAACCAUCAUUUUUAAAUGGCACAAUAGAGGAAAUCGUUGAAGAGAGGUCAAACAAUGCCAUUCACGUGCAUUAGAAUUGACUAUAAAUUCUAUAUAUUUUUUUAUCUAUAAAGAACAUGGCAUGUAGGCAAAAUAACAUCAUGGUAUUUCGUUACCAUUUAGGCUACUGGAAGGAUUGUUAUGUUUUGAAUAAGCAGGAUCAAGGUCAGGUGCUGAUUUUUUCAUUGUAGGUCACGACAGUCUCUAUCUCUCUCUCAGCCCUCUUUCUCUAUGCCGAUGAGCGCUUGCUGCUGUCUCUUGACGUUCUAUUUUCAGAAACGCUGAAAACUCAAUUGCAUACAUCCCCAGCUUUAGACCUCGCGCUUCUUUAAACUUUACAUGCCACACAAUCAUUUGCCAGGAAUAUCUAUUUUAGACCAUCUCUGUUACCUUCGGAGCGCAGUUAGAGAUAGCAGCGGUGGACAGAACUUGAAGUAUGAUAAGCAAAAUGGGAGGAAAGUCGUCCCUUGCUUAUUGAGUUGCAGCCUCUCCUUGUGGAAGUGGAAGAGGUGGCGGCAACACCACGAGCUCACUCUGAGAAAGAGUGGGCCGAUUUUUACUAGAUACAGUACCUCCUCCAUCGAGGUGGGCUAAGAUGAGUAUAACCAGUGAUGAAGUGAACUUCUUGGUAUACAGAUAUCUUCAGGAGUCAGGUUUCUCCCACUCAGCGUUCACCUUUGGCAUUGAGAGCCACAUCAGCCAGUCCAACAUCAAUGGAACACUAGUGCCCCCUGCUGCCCUCAUCUCCAUCCUGCAGAAAGGCCUCCAGUAUGUGGAGGCAGAGAUCAGCAUCAACGAGGAUGGCACGGUGUUUGAUGGGCGGCCCAUUGAGUCUCUGUCACUCAUCGACGCGGUGAUGCCAGAUGUGGUGCAGACGAGGCAGCAGGCCUUCCGCGACAAGCUAGCCCAGCAACAGGCGGCCUGCGCCAUGGCAAUCACCGCCGCAGGCAACCAACCCAAUGCACCAAAGAAUGGAGAGGCCAUCGUAAACGGAGAGGAGAACGGCACACACACCAUGUAUAACCACAUUGAGCCCAUGGAGAUGGAUGUGGAUGUGGAGAUCCCAGCCAGUAAGGCCACGGUCCUCCGAGGCCACGAGUCAGAGGUGUUCAUCUGUGCCUGGAACCCUGUCAGCGACCUGCUGGCCUCAGGGUCGGGAGACUCGACAGCCCGGAUCUGGAACCUGAACAGUAGUUCCACCCAGCUGGUGCUCAAACACUGCAUCAGGGAGGGAGGCCAGGACGUCCCCAGCAACAAAGAUGUCACCUCACUAGACUGGAAUAGCGACGGGACACUCUUAGCAACAGGAUCUUAUGAUGGAUUUGCAAGGAUAUGGACAAAAGAUGGUAAUCUGGCUAGCACCUUGGGGCAACAUAAAGGUCCUAUAUUUGCACUGAAGUGGAACAAGAAAGGAAACUCUAUCCUCAGUGCUGGUGUAGAUAAGACAACAAUCAUUUGGGACGCACACACAGGAGAGGCCAAGCAGCAGUUCCCCUUCCACUCAGCUCCAGCUCUGGACGUGGACUGGCAGAACAACACAACGUUUGCCUCCUGCAGCACAGACAUGUGCAUCCACGUGUGUCGAAUGGGCAGCGACCGGCCGCUCAAAACCUUCCAAGGCCACACGAAUGAAGUCAAUGCUAUCAAGUGGGACCCGUCAGGGAUGUUACUCGCCUCCUGCUCUGAUGACAUGACUUUAAAGAUCUGGAGUAUGAAGCAGGACUCGUGGGUCCAUGACCUCCAGGCCCACAGUAAAGAGAUCUACACUAUCAAGUGGAGCCCUACCGGCCCCGGCACUAGCAACCCCAACUUCAACAUCAUGCUGGCUAGUGCCUCGUUUGACUCGACGGUGCGUCUGUGGGACGUGGAGCGAGGUGUGUGUAUCCACACCCUCACCAAACACCAGGAGCCUGUUUACAGUGUGGCCUUCAGCCCCGACGGGAAGCACCUGGCCAGCGGCUCCUUCGACAAGUGUGUCCACAUCUGGAACACCAUGUCUGGAGCCUUGGUGCAUAGCUACAGGGGGACUGGAGGGAUUUUUGAGGUGUGCUGGAACAGCACAGGAGACAAAGUUGGUGCGAGCGCUUCAGAUGGAUCGGUAUGUGUUCUCGAGCUCCGAAAAUAGCAUCCUGGCAGUGAUUUUGAAGAUGGACCCUGGAAUGUGCAGAAAAAAUGCCUUCUGCCAUCAGCAAACACACUCUAAUGGUUCAGAGCAGGCCUGGCAAUGUGGAGGACAACCUCAGAGUGGACACAGGAGACCAACAAAAUACUUGUUCUAACUAUUACAACCUACUCAAUGGAUUUGUGUCUCUUGUUUGAGACCACAAAGGGAAUCUGCUGGGUUAAUUCAUCCACAGGACUGGACUAAAUCUAUUAAUAGUUUUUCAGCCAUGCUUUAAAAGGUGCCUAACGAGGAAGUGAAAUGACCACCUACCCCUGCUGUUAUUUGGCUAGGGCCUGAAUCAUGAGGAAGGUUUGCUGAGGUUUGGGUGUGUUUGGGGUCAUAUUGUGAGAGAAAGGUUGUGUGUUAGAACGUAUCUAAGCACAUGGUGUCCUGAGUUGAGAAACAAUGUGGGAGACAUGAGGAGAGUGACAUUGUUAGUGCUGCACUGGCCUCCUCAAAUGUGAUGUUUAAGUUGUCCUGAGUGGGAAAUGGUUUCUGUUUCAAGAGCUCUUCUUGCCAAUUUUUCUCAAAUGGACUUUUGAAAGUCAGAGUAACACAAGGCGUUGCUAUGAGGUAGUUCUGUUCUCACAUUUAAUAACACCAUUUCAAUGAAGAAAAAACUAACUUUUAAUGAUGUUUUAAUUCACAUGAGGAAGAAAAAAAAUAUUUUUGUGGACAUCUUUACAAGAUGCAUAAAGUGGUUUAUAAGUAUUCUCCCUUCUGGAUGUAAGUUUUAUGAAUGUAAAGAUAUGUGAAUUAGAUGAAUACACAGACUUAUAUACUGCGUAUAUAUGUUUAUUUACAUUACACUUUGGCGUCAUCCUCUAGACGCUCAAUACUGGCUGGAGAUAUUGCCCCUUUUCUUUGCUGAUACUCAGUUACAAGACCCUGAUUAAAUGUAAUGCAUGUCAGAAUUAUUUUUUGACCAUGUAUGUUCUUUUAUUCUACCAGUUAUGUGCAACAGGUUGGUUUGUCAAGUCAGGUGGCGCUGAGGUGGACUGUCGUCAUUUCACAAGACGUGUCAGUGAAUUUAGUCUGUAUUCAGUCCUAAUGACAACCAAUGAAAUGGAGAUCAGAAUAGACAGAGAACAUGAUGACUGACCAGGAGAGACCAGGAGAAGGAGAGGAGGCUGUGAAUGUUUUAAUUGUGUUGUCUCAAUGUUGCUUUAGUAGCAAACUCAUCACUAGUCAUCUAUUGAUAUUUUCUAACAGUACUCCUCUGUUUGGCACCGCAAGCUAUCUGACGUAAACCCAGGUUACACUGACCGAUCAAUCUGAUUGGUCAAGCGAAAGUCCUGCUGUAGCUUCUAAGCUGUGAUUGGUUGAAUUCAGUGGAGGUCCUGAUGUCUCCACUGCCUGAUCUAAUAGGUCAGAUUUGACUUCUGAUUUGAGAUACCUGUAUAAUGGAUUUAGCUUUAAAUGGGGAAGUUGGUUUUUCAUGGCCCGUUGAACAUUUUAGACCUCUCCACUGGUACUGAAGUGAAAUCACCCAGGGCACCGGGCCAUGCCAAACGAACUCGCCCGUUGUGUGCUGUAUGUGUAUACUUGUACUUACCAUGGUCUAACUUGAUAUCUGUCUCUUCGAACUAACAAACUGACAAUGCCUGUUUACUGGUCCCUUUUCUCUCUUUCAGUGAAGAUCAUUUUAAGAGCAAUGUGUGAAGUGCACUUUUUCAGAAGGUAGGAUCAGCUUUUGUUUGGAUUUGUGAUGAAAGGGGAAGGCCAGCAUUUUUAUUUCUUGUUUUUUUUACGGCAUAAUCGGGCGUUGAUUGAUGGAUGGUUCAUUGUCUGACUUAUUUUUUGUUGCUGCUGAGAGCCAUUAUUGUCUGUGUCAGACUGAGAAUCGGACUGUGGUUGGUGGCCAUCUUGGCAUGCUGAGAAGCCCAGUGUGGAAUAAUAUGCUGUGACUGACAGCGAUCACUCUCCCCCACCCAGUCUAGGGUAUGGUCAUCUGUUUCCAAGACUAAACAAUGAAAUCACAUUAUGUCUCAAAUAAAGCACUCUAUUUUGAUAUUAGAAAAGCC